AUGGGAUGUGUAUGUGAGAAAUCGAAAAGAGUACAACCUGAACCCACUCAAAUUGAAGUUCAUCCCUGCGAAACAGCUCAACCUCAAUCUCAACCUGUGAAAUAAACCUCUCUUAAGAAGCUGAAAAUACCCUAAGUAGCUUAUUGAUGUGAUUUUUGUAGAAGAAGAAGAAAGUAAGGGAAACAUAAAAACUGGUCAAGAGCACUAAUGAAGAUGUAAAUUAAUUAUUAAAUGGAAGGGAGUGAAAAUGAUUAACGACUACAUCUUUGAUGAAUUCCUUGGAGAAGGAGCAUUUGGCAAAGUCAAGUUGGCAUUCAAACGAUCAAGUGGCUAAAAAUAUGCUAUUAAAAUCAUGAGGAAAAGUAAACUACGACGAUAAAGAGAGUAUAUUAAGGAUGCUAAGGGAAGUAGGACUGCCUAUUUAAUUAGAUAUGGUGAUUAAGGAUGCUCUCUAAGAUGUAAGACGCGAAAUCGCCAUCAUGAAGAAACUCAGACACAAGAACUUAAUACAAUUGUUUGAAGUCAUUGACAAUCCAAACAACGAUAAACUAUUCAUGGGUAUUAACAUGUCUCAUUAUCAGUCCUGGAGUUUGCUGAAGGAGGACAAGUGAUUGAGUGGGAUGACGAUGAAUGCAAGUUUUAUUAGGUCAACGAGACAGUCGUACUUGAUGAACCACUACUCAAUUAGAUAUUUCGUGAUUGUAUCAAGGGCCUCAAUUAUUGUAACAGUCCUUCAAUUAUCUUCUAUAGUGCAUAAGAAUGGAGUAGUUCAUAGAGACCUAAAACCAUAGAAUGUUCUCUUGACUGAUAAUAAAACUGCCAAAAUUGCUGACUUUGGAGUUUCCACUAUGGUUGGCAGUAAAAAUGAUGUAUUGGAUAAUACUCAAGGGACCUAUUAUUUCAUGCCUCCAGAAGCUUGUGAUAAGGAUAAGGUUAAAGAUGGCUAUUCUGGUAAGGCUGCUGAUAUCUGGGCCUUGGGAAUUACAUUUUUUGCAUUCGUGUAUUUGGAUGUUCCAUUUACAGGCUCAUCUAUUCCUGAGAUACUUCACAACAUUUCUCAUAAUCAGUAAAAACUCAAAAGAUUAUUAGAAUCACAUUCCCAGAAAGAAAUGAUAUCAGUGACGGUCUCAAAGAGUUUCUCCAAUUUAUCCUAUAAAAAGACCCGAAGGAUAGACCAAAGAUACCAGAGAUAGCCAAACAUCCAUGGUUGAAUGCUUAGAAUAUGAAUCUAUGGGAUGAAAUGUAAUCACUCAUAAAAUAUAUAGAAACAAAGAAGAGCAAACAGACAUGGAGAUCGCAUAAACAGAUAUAGAUAAUGCUUAUUCAUUGAGUUCGAUAAUGAUGAUCAAAAAUUGGGCAUUCAAAUGGAGAACCACCUCCAAUCUUAAAAAGAUCACAAAUAUCCAAUAAACAUAAACAUAAACAUAACAAAUCAAUUCAGAAUAGAUAAUUAAAUGA